AUGAUGCUUGAAAUCGCCCAGCCGUCACGCCCUGAGGGCGCCUACAAGGUUGAUUUCUCAUCUUGUAACGUGAAACCAGACAAUGUCCAAAUAGGAGAUGUUUCAGUCGAGGUACCUGUUCUCAUCGCAGGUGGUGGUCCGACUGGUCUGUUCACAGCAUACAUGCUGUCCAAACACGGUGUGAAGUCGCUUCUCAUCGAGAAGUAUCCUGAAAGGCUCGCUGCUCCCAAAGCCCAUGCACUAUGUCCAAGAACCCUUGAGAUAUGUAGACAAUAUGGUCUCGACACGAGAGCGAUACGUAAACUGGGGUCGCCUCGCGAUGAUGCCUAUUGGGUCAAUUUCAUGACGAAUCUCACUGGGGAGAAGAUUGGAGUCCUUCCGUAUGAGCGGAUGGAUCCUGGGGUUUUGGACAGCACACCCGAGAUGAUCCACAAUAUUCCGCAACCAGAUUUUGAGAAGUUCAUCGCCCAGAAUCUAGAAAAUGACCCGAAUGUUGAGAUUCGCAAGGGUGUUGGGUUUGUUUCGUGCGAUCAACGAGGUGACAAGGUAACUACCGUCGUCGAGGAGCGCGCGACUAAGAAGCGCUGGACCAUCGUUUCAAGACAUGUCAUCGGCUGUGAUGGAGCAAAGAGCCAGGUCCGCCGCUUUCUUGGAAUUGAGACAGAAGGAGAAGAUGGAUACGAAACCAUGAUGACGAUACACUUCAAUGCGAACCUCCGACCAGUGGUCGGAGACCGUGUCGGCAUGUUGCAUUGGAUAGCUGAUCCUGCUUGCUCUGGCUUCAUCAUAGCAUAUGAUCUAGACGGAAACCAGGUUUUGAUUAGCAAUUUUGAUGCUAAGAGAAAUCCUGUGGAAUCGUGGACCGAAGAGCUCGCACAUGCUACGGUAUCGGCUGCGAUAGGACAGGACAUUCCGAUCCAGAUUAUGAGCUUCAGACCGUGGGUGUUGAGCCGUAAGGUGGCGAAGGAGUACCGGCGUGGGAAUGUGUUCUUAGUUGGCGAUGCUGCACAUUCAUUUCCCCCAACCGGCGGCCUUGGUCUCAACUCUGGGCUGGCAGACGGACAUAACCUUGCCUACAAGAUUGCCGCUGUGCAUCAGGGGUGGGCUAGUCCACAAAUUUUCGACACUUAUGAGUCUGAUAGACGGUCAAUUGCCGUAGUUGCCGCUGCCCAGAGUGUGAAGAACGGAAAGUCGAUAUUUUCGUUUCUCAAGGCUAUCGGGACGGCAGAGGUUGAAAGCCUCAGCGAAGCCCGGAAACGGAUGUAUGAAGCAAUUCACGACCCGUCGAAACAGGAAUUGAUAGCUGAGAAGGUUGAGGGACAACGUGAACAUUUUGACAAUCUUGAAAUUCACAUCGGUUAUGUGUACGGUGACCCGAAGCCACCUGCAAAUGCUUCGGACUUUACGCCAAAGUUCAAGGUCGGCGCGAGGUUACCCCACGCCUGGAUCAAGAUCACAAAACCGAAUGAGCCAAGCCAGUUUCUGCCACAACCAAUCGACACAUCAUAUGUGAAGGAGCUAUCAGAUGAGCAAGUCGCAGCCCAGCAAUUUUCCACACUUGACCUGGUCAAUGCGGGUACAUUCGCUCUCAUUACGCCGUGCCGCGCAGCCUGGAGUCAUCGAUUCGAGGACUGCAAAGCGGUCCUGGGGCAGAGAUUGAAUUCUCGUCUGAGGCUUUGGGGGGCGGACAGCGAUUUUCAAUUCUCCUCCAAUAGUCACCGGAGAUUGUAUGAUACUCAGGGAGGGUUCUCCAAGGGCGGUGCAAUUCUGGUGAGACCAGAUCAGCAUAUUUUGGGUUGCAUUAGUCCAGAGGCUUCAGCAGAUGACCUCGUAACCCUCAUCGCAAACCACCUCGGCAUAGAAUACUAG